AUGUGGAAAAUGCUUUGCCAAUCAAGCAACCUAACUGUUCAUGAGCGAAUUUACACAGGAGAUUCAUACACCUGUGAGAUAUGUGGAAAAUGCUUUGCGCAAUCAAGCAACCUAACUGUUCAUGAGCGAAUUCACACCUGUGAGAUAUGUGGAAAAGGUUUUUCACAAGCCGGUAAUUUAAAACGUCAUAUACAAAUUCAUACAGGGAAAAAACCAUAUCCCUGUAAAAUAUGUGAAAAAUCUUUUUCGCAAUCUAAUGAUUUGAAACGUCAUAUACAAAUUCAUACCGAAGAAAAAACAUAUUCCUGUGAAAUAUGUGCUAGAUGCUUCACAAGUUCCAGUAAUCUGAAUAGGCAUAGGAGAAUUCAUACAGGAGAGAAGCCAUAUUCUUGUGAAACUUGUGGCAAAUGUUUUUCGCAAUCUAGUCAUUUGAACACACAUAUGAAAACUCAUUCAGAUGAUAGGCCAUACUCUUGUGAGAUAUGUGGCAAAUGA